ACAUGCUUUCGACUCGUUUCGGUAUGAUGUGCACAAAAUUUAUCCUAUAUAUGAUUAUACUUGCGAGCAAGACAAGUCAAGUAUUUCACCCUCUGGUCAACCCUUCUAAAUUUUAUGCUUGUUGAAUCUUAUAAAUUAUAUAUCUGAUCAUUAAGCCCAGGUCUCAAGCUCAACUCCUUCAGAACAAACUUGAGCUCUAACUUAGACAAGAAAAGCAACUUUUUUUUUUUUAAAUUUUUUGAUGGCAACUAAGAUGUUACUAUUGUUGAUACACAUCUAUAUCUUCUUCAUCAUUCUCAUCUCCCGAUCAGAAGCUGCAGAUUUUGAUGAAUUAUCAGCGACUGGUGGCGACAUUUCCUACUGGUGCAAAACUACUCCUCAUCCCGAACCAUGCAUGUAUUUUUUAGGCCAUGAUUCUCAUAAUAGGCCAAAAAAUCGAGCUCAUUUCCGGCAAAUGCUGUUCCAAGUGACUCUAGACCGUGCUCUGCAUGCGCGGAACUGCACGACGAGGCUUGGAAAUGAGUGUGGAAGCAAGAGAAAGAAGGCGGCAUGGGAUGAUUGCAACAGGCUCUUGGGUGACACUAUUUUUCAACUCAACAGAACUGUACAAGGCACUAGAAGAAACACAAGUAGAAAAGGCUGCUCAAGCUUUGACGCGCAGACUUGGCUUAGUGCUGCCCUAACAAAUCUUGAGACCUGUCGAUCAGGGUCGUUUGAGCUAAAUGUCACAAAAUUCAUAGCUCCAAUUACUACCAACAAUGUUUCAGAACUAAUUAGUGAUUGUUUGGCUGUUAAUCGAGCUUUCUUGUCUCAUAAAAAAUAUAUUGAAAACGACGAGGAUCCAGAGUUUCCUAGUUGGGUCAGGGAGGGUGACAGGAAGCUGUUGCAAUCUUCACCGUGGGCAUGGAGGGCGAAUGUAGUGGUAGCGAAAGACAGAUCAGGGCAAUUCACUUCAAUACAGGCCGCGAUAAAUUAUGCAGCCAAAGUGAGGAGAGGACAUGGGAGGUUUAUAAUAUAUGUGAAGCGAGGUGUUUAUUGGGAGAAUAUUGAGGUUGGCUAUAACUUAAACAACAUUAUGUUAGUCGGCGAUGGGAUGAGAUAUACUGUUAUUUCUGGCAGCCGGAGUGUUGCUCGAGGAUUCACAACCUACAGCUCUGCAACUGCAGGAAUUGAUGGAAUUGGAUUCAUAGCUCGUGGCAUAACAUUCCGCAACACAGCCGGUCCACAGAGUGCACAAGCAGUUGCACUUCGAUCCGCGUCUGAUUUCUCCGUCUUCUACUCGUGUGGAUUCGAAGGAUACCAGGACACACUCUUUGUCCACGCCCAGCGCCAAUUCUACAAAUAUUGUUACAUUUAUGGCACUGUCGACUUCAUUUUUGGUAACGCAGCUGUAGUUUUCCAGAACUGCCUUAUCUUCGUUCGACGGCCUUUACAUGGCCAGGUCAAUGUCAUCACAGCUCAAGGCCGCAUUGAUCCCAACCAAAACACUGGCAUUUCGAUCCAAUAUAGUGUGAUCAAAGCAGCCCCGGAUCUCAAACGUGUAGCGCGACACUUCAGAACCUACUUGGGGCGGCCUUGGCAACAAUUUUCGAGAACAGUGUUACUAAAGACCUACAUUGAUAGUUUAGUGAGUCCACAGGGUUGGUUGGCAUGGGAGAACACGAACUUUGCAUGGGAUACUUUGUAUUAUGGAGAGUAUAAAAAUUUUGGGCCUGGAUCUUCUACCAGAAACAGAGUGAAAUGGAAGGGGUAUCAUGUUAUUAGGAGUGCUAAUGAGGCCUCUAAGUUCACGGUGAACAAGCUUAUAGCAGGCAGGACAUGGUUAAGAGCCACCGGGGUGCCCUUUAGUUCUGGGCUUUGAUUUAUUAUUUCUUUUGAUUUAGCUUUAUCUUAAGUUAUAGUGUUGUUAUGUGUGGUGAUGAAUCUGGUGAUGUACUGGUGUGUUUGUGUUGAUCAAAGGAAGCAUGUAGUUGUUUAAUGCAUUAAUUUAUACAGUA